GAUAUAAAAAGCCGUCAAGGUCCAUGAUGUUGACACUCACCACUACGCUCGUCAGUUGUUUUCCUUCUUCUAUAUUACACUUCCAAUCCAAUCUUUUUGACGAUCACUUGAAUUGAUUCUUGUCGCUAGCCAUCACGAGCAGGAAGCUUCUUAUUUGGACGGCUGCAGCCAAUUGUCAGACAAAGAAGAUUCUCCUCACUUCCCAUGAAGAUGUCAGAAGUUCCAAAGUACCCAGGUCUUGGAUUGCCAUUGCGCCACAAUCCCCAGGAAACCUAUGGCUUCUACCCCAUCGGCGCGCACGGCAGCUGUUAUGGCUCGGACUCCGACAUCCUACCGGUCAGGGAGCUCGCGAUGAUGAGUGUCAUGGACCGACUCACAGACAAACCCGAGUGGUACCACAAGGUGUUCGACGAGCAGAUCGUGGCCAAGUGGCGAGAGGAGGCACUGGAGAUCCCGGAUGAAGAGUUUUGGAAGAUGGCGUUCGCGGCGAAGAGCCAGUAUCGGUCCGACACGGAGCUGAUCGUUCGGGAUGAAUGGGGACUUGAGCACCUAGAACAGCUGGAGGGCAUCUUGUCGGGCAAUGCUUUCGAUUGUUGCAUCCAAGAGCUUCGCAGCAAGGCACGAUAUUACGAGAAGACGGGUAUAGUCCCAACACUAGAUGCAUGCGCAUCCGUUGCCAAAGCCGACGGAUUUGUGAAGCCUGAACUCCACAACGCAUUGCGUGCAGCGUUCAACAAGCUGCAGGCAGAACAGGCUAAUAGCCAGGACUGGCAUCCAAACUCCAAGGAGAUGGUACAGGAUCUAGUGCACCCGUCCAUGUACCCUUUGGUCUACGAUCGGAGUCUGAUCGUCCGCGAGGAGCUUGUCGGCGUCAGUGAUGCUAUAAGAAAGUGGGCGGGCAAGGGCGAAGUCAUCGCCAAAGACACGUGGAAGCCUGGCGAGAACGACCGCUUUCGCUAUGGAGUUGGGUCCGGCACCGUGCCUCCUGACUUCUGGUCUGAUACCUACCAGUGGCUACCUUCCAACGUGGCUUUCCAGGACGAUAGUUCUGUGAAGUUCACAAGCUACAUCAAUGGGCUUCAUCCUAACCGCCAUCCGGACAUAUACCGCACUAUUGAAGACCUGAUCAAAACCGCACUUCCGAUGUGGGAUCAGUGUCUCGGUCUCGCAAAGAAUUAUAAUGAGAAAGUCGGCGCAGGACGGGUUAAAUCACGGUUUCCUUAUCCGACCAAUCCCACCGAUUCAAACCAGGACAACUGGUACUGGACAGCGCCCCCGAGGCUCGAUGACCCUAAAAACAACAAGGGCAUCCCUAUAGAGCAGUCACAGGACACGGGCGUCGAGAUAGCUAACCCAGAUGAAAACUUCGACUUCGCCGACUACAUCGAAGACUACCGAAAACCAAUCCAAAAGCCCAAAAUCCCAGAGCCCGUCUUCGAAGACCUCGACUACGCCCCAUUAGCCGAGAACCUCCUCUCCCAGAAGUUCAAGGACACCGGACUACAAGUCAUCGUCAAGAUGGCCUCAAUCGAGCUCACGCCGGAGAAACCAGAGUUCCCAGCUGGCGGCUGGCACAUCGAGGGCCAGAUGAACGAGACUAUCUGCGCGACGGCGCUGUACUACCUCGACAGCGAGAACAUCACCGACAGCAGCCUCGCGUUUCGCAUGCAAGUUUCGGCCUACCUGAACGACGACAUUUCCGUCGGCCAGGAAGAGUAUCAUUGGCUCGAGCAGAUUUACGGGACCUCGCUGGGCGGCGGCAGCGCGCCGUGCCUGCAGAACUAUGGGGAGGUUGUUACGAAGCAGGGGAGACUGCUUGCGUUUCCUAACGUAUUCCAACACAGAGUCUCCCCCUUCGAGUUGAAGGACAAGACAAAGCCCGGCCACAGACGCUUCAUCGCCCUCUGGCUCGUCGAUCCCAACAAGCGCAUCAUCUCGACCGCCAACGUGCCCCCACAACAGAUGGACUGGUGGUUCGACGAGGCGUUCGGCCUCGACUCCGCAGCACGAGAAGCCUCCUUGGCCAAGCUGCCCGCCGAAAUCAGGGCUCUUUUGGCGGAGAAGGAAGACCGCGCGGGUUCGACAAACGUAGAUACUCAGGGCGUGCUGCCGAACGAAGUCAUGGACAUAGUGAGGGAGCGUUUCCGUGCGGAGAAUGGAGCGUUGCCGAUGUCGCGGCGCGAGGCGGAGGAGCACAGGUUGAAGCUCAUGGAGGUGCGCACGGCGAACAAUAAGUCCGCUUCGGAUUGGUGGAGGAAACACUCGCACAGUUUCUGUGAACAUUGAGGCUGAAGGCGGGGGUUUCUUUUUUCUGUAAAUGUGUUCAAUCUAACGAAAUUUGGGGGGGGUAUCGAUACUACGUAAAGCGCUUCGUAACAAUGAACAAGACUAUGAUCUCAA